ACAGCCAUUAACGAGAGAAAGAAAAGGUGAUGUGUCUGCUCUGAAACGCGUUAUGUUCUACUAUUUUAAUGAUAUUCCCGAAGACAGAGAUCAAGACAUUUGACAGUCACCUUCUGCUCUCCUCGGGACCCGACCGGGCUCCACACGGUCACAUCACCAUCAGAGUCUGUUUACAUCUGGACGUGUUUGAGAUAAAUCUAUAUAAAAAAGUUGUCUAGAUUGUUAAGUUGAUAUCAUGCUGGGCGAUGCUCUUGGACAUCGUGUUGAAUCCAGCGUGAAGAUAAGCAGAUCCAGACAAGCGCUCUUGAAGAAUAGAGGACGAAACGUUCACAACACACCCAACAAAGCGUCAGGAAACAUCAACAAAAGCUGCUUUAAACCUUCAUUAACCACCAAUGAAGAGCUCAAACCAGCUCAGUCUAAACCAGCCACUAAUAAACAGCAGCUGAAGUUAAAAUCUGAAAGUGUUGAACGAGGAAUCCUGUCCACCAGACCGUCUGUCCACAGCUCCAGCCGUCUUGAGAAAACCACCGACAACCUGAACAAACGGAGAGUGUGGAGCAAGCUAAGAAACGCAUCCGACGACUCUCAGCUUCCCAAAAGACAGGAGACCCCCUCACACAUGGGGAAUAGCACGGCUGAGGGCCUCAGGAGGGGGAGCGUUGGCCCUCCUGAGCUCUCGUUGGAGGCAGAGAAGAAUUACGCUGGAGCGAAGUUCAGCGAGCCGCCCUCGCCCAGCGUCCUCCCCAAACCGCCCAGCCACUGGGUGGGACAAGGUGCUCUUCAGCACACAGCCGUGCAGAUGUCUGUGCACCUCAAAACCCUGCUGAAGGUCCGAGCCGAACCCUGAGCUCACUAAUGGGACACUUCAGAAAGUAAAACGGACUGGUAACAUCCCGUUCAAGAACUACUGAACUCUCCAGUUGUUUAUGAAAGCUAAUGUGAGUUAAAGGGAAAGUUCAGCCCAGAAUGAAAGUGUUUACAAGGGCUGGGAAAAUAAACCGAUGCAUCGCAAAUCGAGAAAUGAUUCAGAAAUUUUCCAAAAGCAUCACGAUUCUUUCUGGAGUCAACUCUGAGCUUAGUUUUGAACAGAAGAUGAUGCUGCAAGCUUUAGAAACAGCUGUACUCUGCAGGUUUCCAAAUCACACGCUUGAACCUAAAAUAAUCAUUAUUAAAAUUCAAAAAGGGUGUUCAAGGUGUAAUGUUUACAUUAAUCUUGUGUCAUAAAAACAUCCUGAGCCGAGGUGAAAUAACACUCUUCAGCUCUUCUUCAUGAGUAAUUGAGUGUGCAUUAGAUUAUACGGGCUUCACGAUUAAUCAAAUGCGAUUGUCACGUGCAUCUCGUCAAUAAAGCCGGUUCUGUAAUCAGUAGUAAAUCUCCAUCACAUGCUUACAGAUGGAGCAGUAUUUACUACACAGAUCCAUAGAUCGCUUACAAGCUAUGUGUAUAUAUAUAAUCACGCCAUCUAUAUAUAAUCACGCGAUUAUGAAAUCGAAAAAAAUCAUUCUGCGAUUAUGAAAGCUGUUUGCGUAGCUUCUCAGUGAACUAAGUCUCUCUCUCUCUCUCUCUCUCUCUCUCUCUCUCUCUCUCUCUCUCACUCUCUUUCUAAUAACUUCAUUAAUAUCUCCAUUAGGAUGCUAUCAACAGCUCAAGCCUCCAUCACCAUCUUAAAAAUGACGUUUUGGGACUAGUAAGAGAGGCGUUGGAUGAGACGCGGAAGAAAUAAUCCUUCUCACAAUAACGAUUUCAGUACAAAAACUGGACGAAUCACUUUAAAUAUAUCAUCUGAUCGAUGUCUUGAGGUGUGGUAUAACCAGAAUAAUUGACUCGGGCCGUUGAGUUAUUAGAAAAAUAAUGCACACCCGAGGUGUAAUGGCGAGGUGUUUUCUAAUAACUCACCGGCCUGUCGUCAAUUAUUCCUUGCGUAUUCUAAGCAGUGAUAAAGGCUAUGUCGAUUAGCAUAGAAUUAUUAUAUACCUUACUUCAAUGAAAAUAAUAAUAAUUAUAAUACGAACUCAGAUAAAUCCGAUAUUGUCAUAGUCAUCAGUGAAAGCAGUUGAAUCUUCUGUUUCUUCAGUUCUGCGGGGCGUAUUUAGAGUUUCUCUGGCCCUCAGAUGAAGAUUUACUACUUAUCACAGAACCGCUUCACUGAUGAAAUGCACAUGACAAUCACAGCCUCUGUCCAAUGGUGAUUUGUCGUGGAGCCCUAGAUUAGAGCGUCAUCUGCUGUUAACAUCUGAGCUCAGAGUCGAUUCCAGAGAGAAUCCAGAUGCAUUCAGAAGAUCUCAGAAUCGAUUCUGCUUCGAUUAAUCCCAGCUAGAUUUACUGAGCCAGCUUCAUGUCCUUCCAAACCUGUAUGAUUUACUUUCUUCAGUGGUACACAAAAGAUGAUGUUCUGAUGAAUGUUAAUAACCAAACCGUUUUGGUUACCAUUGACUUGCACUGUAUGGACAAACUCUUGAAAUGUUCCACAGACGAAUGAGAGUCAUUCGAAACAGAAAAUGAUGACUGAAUUUACAUUUUCGGGUGAACUCUCCCUUUAAAUAUGACAACAUGUGAAAGGGAAGACACAGAGACAUUGAAUUUGUGUAUAUUUUUUCA